UCGUGCACAGCCGGUCGCGUAGUACGGAUUACGUGGAGCGGGUACGUUGACUGCUCGUGCUCGUUUCAAUUUCUGAACGUGUCUGAGAAACGUGCGUGUUACGCGUUCUCUCAUCGCUUUUCACGCUCCCUUCGAAUAUAACGCUCGCUUCGGAACGAACGACGAACGUUUGCGUUUCCGAACGGCUAACCUUUCUUUGGUGCGUGAACUUUUCCUAUUCGUAUUUCCCAUUGCGGUCCACCCGGCAAAACGAAUCUGUGAAAGACUUCGAGGCUCGCUAGAAAUGAGAAAUCUUGUGGAGAAACAAUUGUCUUGGCUUGCACUGAUUGUAACUGCAUUCUACUCCCUGCUUGGCAGUUGCCGGAGUGCAGAUACAAGUGAAGAGUGCGGGCACGAAAGAUUGGUGAAGUGCGGAAUCCCUCUCGAAAGAAUCAACAGUGACGCCAUGCGUUUUGCGUCUUCAAAAGAGAACCUGCGUGUAUUAUGCUCGGACUUGGAGUCUAGCAUGAAGUGCAUCCAGACGUAUACGCUUGACUGUCUCGAGAUGAAGCAAAGGACACACUUCCAUAAUCUGCUCGCCAGUACCAAUAAGCUCGUCAUGGAACUUUGUCACGAUGGCCCUUAUCAGGAUGAAUUCUUGAAACACACGCCAUGCAUGAAAAAAGUUCAACCGCAAUACGAACUUUGCAACAAAAGAUAUCAGCGAACUGCUCACGAGAUCGAAAGAAGCAACUUCACGAGUCAAAGCGGAUACCUGAAGAACAUCUGCUGUGCCUUCAAGGAGUAUUUGGCUUGCUCGUACCACACGGUUCGUCGACAAUGCGGCGAAGACACAGCUCAUUUUACAAAAGAGUUUCUUGACAAAAUGUCGGGCACGUUGAUAAGGGUGCACUGCGAGCCGUACACGGAAGAGGUGUGCGCCAUCGGCAGUGGCGCCGGCAUCUCUAGCAUGCUGACAAUAGUACCUGUGGCGUUGGUUCUGCUCACGAGGUACUUCACGUAAGUGGUUAAGCACCACUCGUAGCCGGAAAAAGGAGACGAUUUCCGUACACCACGAGCGCCGUGCUGAAACCAGGGGCCCUCCGUUCGUCCUCCGCUUCAGAUUCGCCAGAGUACUUUUUUUUUUAUUUUCGAAGAGGCACCGAGGAGAAAAAAAGAACAUGCUUGCACACGCGCGAGACAAGUGUAUCGAGUAUCGAGAGGAACGGAGGAAGGGAAAGAGAAGAUAAGGGGAAAGGAAACGAAGAAACGUCGAGGGAAGAGGAUACAGACCAAGCAAGAGCGAUCAAAGCAACGGCACUGCGAGGAAAAACGAAAGUAUAUAGCUUGCCUCCUUUGCACUCCCGCGGCAAGUGUUUCUCUUUGACACGAAGUCUGAGCUCCGCGAGGAAAACAAAGAGGAAAACGUGCUUUCGAGCUUCGUGACGAGCUUAAUCGGCCAAUCGAAAGACACACGUCCGUCGAACUGUUCGCCGAUCGAUUCUCCGGCCCCUGGAUACUCAGGACUGUUCGUCCAAAAUGGUUCAUCGUCGAAGCGGAAUAAGUGUCUCAACUGAGAAAUUAGGAGAACGAAACAGUUAGCGAUACACGUUCAACGCGUGUUGCACCUUGGUUAGGUUUCAGUUUUCUUUACCAAAUGGUAGUUUCGAUUAACAUAUAAUACAAAUAACGCUAAGGAAUGUAAAAGGAAGGUAAUAAUGGUGUCUCCAGGAUGUAUAUCUUCAUGUAAAUUGUACCUAAUAGAUGAUUUACCAGAGAUGCCAUUAACGGCGACCAACGCGAACUGAGAGUGAUCAAAACUAAAAAUGUCCAACAUCCAUAACGGACAGAUCUUGAAAUAAAGCACACGAAGAGUGUCAGUGAACUGUCAGGCAGAUCGUGGCAGAAAGAAUCCAGCGAAUAUCCGUGGACUGUUUUCUUCGGUCGAAGGGACGAAGUUCGAAACGAAAUCUCGUUUCCUGCUCGUAGCCAAGUGAAAAAGAUUACUUCGGGCACGGUAUGAAGCACGAGCAAAAGGAGAACAACGAGCGUUGGAGGCAACCGUUGCCAGGAACGAAGAAAACCUCUGACCGUUCCGCGUUUUUCGUUUCUGCCUUCCUAGCGGAGGUGCCUGGCUUA